AAGUUGUCAACAAUAAUUUAGGAAACAUGUUAGUUGGCAACUGGCAGUCUCCAUCAAGACUAUUGUGUUGACAAAAUGGGGUCGAUUGAUGACGAUAUUAUCUUAGCAGCUGCAUCAUUUAUUAUUUUGAGUAAAAAAAAGAAACGAAAACAUAAAUAUUGGGUACGACCAAGCCUCAUAGGAAGAAACACACAUGGAGGAAUUGAGUUAAUAAAUGCUUUGAGAAAAGAUGAUUUGUUAGCAGGACGUAUUGAAGACGGACAAAUAAGAAACUUUCUCCGUAUGACUGAUUCCGAUGUUGAGUGGUUGCUUGUUGGACCAAAAAUUACAAAAAAUGACACUAAUUUUAGAAAAGCCAUCACACCUACCGAACGCCUACUAAUUACUUUAAGAUUUUUGGCUACCGGAGAUUCCUACACUUCAUUAAUGCAUUUAUUUAGGAUUUCAAAGCAAGCGAUUUCAAAAAUUGUACCAGAAGUAUGUAUAGCAAUAUGUGAAGUUCUUGGCGAUCAAAUAAAAAUGCCUGGAACUGCUGAAGAGUGGAAAGUAGUGGCAACACAGUUUAAUAAUCUAUGGAAUUUUCCACAAUGUACAGGAGUUAUGGACGGAAAACAUAUGAUUCAAUCACCAGAACACAGUGGAAGCGAUUACUUUAAUUACAAAUCGUUUUUUAGCAUUGUGCUUUUUAUUGUUGCUAAUGCAAAUUACGAAGUGUUGUAUAUGAAUGUUGGCUGCCAGGGACGCAUAUCGGAUGGUGGUGUUUACGAAAAUACCCAGUUCAAAAGAAUGUUGUCCGAAUGUAAACGUAAUCUACCUAAUAAUGAAAAGCUUCCUGGUAGAGCCAUGGCUGUUCCUUAUGUUUUUCUGGGUGACGAUGCUUUUCCAUUGUCACCAAAUUUGAUGAAACCUUAUCCAGGUACCCAAGAAAAAGGAUCACAGGGAAGAAUAUUUAAUUAUAGACUAUCAAGAGCGCGAAGGGUAUCAGAGAAUGUGUUCGGAAUAUUAUCUGCACGAUUUCGAGUUUUCAGAAAAAUAAUGUUACCUGAACCAACGAAAAAAAAAAAAUCAAGGACCACCUACACUCCACCUGGAACUUUCGAUUCUGAAGACAAAGACAGUGGUAAUAUUAUUUCUGGAGCUUGGAGGAACGAGAUGCAAAACAAUAUGCCAUUCCAUAGUUUCGAUAAGAGAGCUCGGAAAUCAAGUAGUGCUGCGAAAGAUGUGAGACAAGAAUUUGCAGAGUUUUUUAUGACCGAACAAGGGAACAUUCCUUGGCAAAAUGACUAUUAA